AUGGGCAUCAUUAGCAUUCAAACCCCGGAAUUGAAAAAAAUUGUGGAGGCUACGCAAACUUAUAAUAAACUGCGGCGCGUCGUUUCACGAAUUCAUUAUCUAAUUCAUUCUGUUCAUUAUCUAUCUAUCUAUCUAUCUAUCUAUCUAUCUAUCUAUCUAUCUAUCUAUCUAUCUAUCUCUUCUUCUUAUCUAUCUAUCUAUCUAUCUAUCUAUCUAUCUAUCUAUCUAUCUAUCUAUCUAUCUGAAUCUCUUCAUUAUGUUUGUUUAUUAUCUACUUUAGUUCAUUAUAUAUCUAUAAUUGAUCUAUCUUAUCUUAUCUAUCUAUCUAUCUAUCUAUCUAUCUAUCUAUCUAUCUAUCUAUCUGAAUCUCUUUAUUUCCUUUGUUCAUUAUCUACUUUAGUUCAUUAUAUAUCUAUAAUUAUCUAUCUAUCUAUCUAUCUAUCUAUCUAUCUAUCUAUCUAUCUAAAUCUCUUCAUUUCCUUUGUUCAUUAUCUACUUUAG